AGCUACUAGUACUAGAAAGCCAUUAGUUUCGCAGCAUUUUAAGAUUAUUAUUGCCAUCUUCCAAGACGAGACGACACAGCAUUGCCAGGCAAGAGCGAACACAAGGAGCACACCGCUGGUCUCUUCCAAGUCAGGACCACAUUCAUACGUUGUCGACACCAUGGGAAAGAAAUCAAAGAAGAAAGGACCCGGAAAGAAGACAUGCGCCUCGAAGAAAGGUGGCAAUGCCGACAACAACCGCUUCGGCAAGGCCCAUCCAGUGUUCUUCGAUUUCUGCACGAUGCUGGCGACUGAAAAGAACAAUGCCAAAGCCAAAGUACUUCUGAACUCCUUUUGCGAAGCAAUCGAACCUCCUAUGAUGCCCCGAGAGCUCUGUGAUUUGUACAUGAGAUUUGUCAGUCGCAUGAACGGUUGGCACCCAGGCAGGGUCACCAUCUUCACUUUGUAUUUCAACUCAGUGUACUCCGAGUUAGAGAAAUAUCAGUCUGGUGGAUCCAAGCCAGUAGAAGAAGAAGACAAACGGUUCUUGUUGGAAAUCGCCUCUGCGGAUUCGGAACCUGCACUCCUAGUGACCAAUGCUCUGUAUCUCAUGGGACACAUUGAGUACACAAUUGAAGCCAAUGUUGGAGAGGCCUGCUCCUUCAUGAGCACGGUGAUUUCUGCUUGUGAUGCAGCCACGAAGGAGGAAAGAUCGCGAAAAAUACCAUUCCUUCUACAUCCAAAUUGGAAAACGGUCAACGAUUGCCUGGAGUGGAUGCGUCAUAGUGCCGAGGCUUACCUCAUGGCCAUGCGACAACCUGCCGAGAACUCGCUGAGUGAUCCUCAACCUGCUGUGGAGGAAGACGCCAUCGUUUCGGUUGCCGAUACCACCACUGGUGAAAAACCUACUGCGAAGGAAGACUCCUUUGUUGAGGUUGCUGGUGUUGGCGUGGAAGACGCCAUCGAUGCGGUUACUGACACCACCACAGGCGUGGCACAAGAUCUUGUGGAUUUCGCAACAGGAUUGACUAAUCAGGAGAAUCUGAAAGCCGUGAGGCUUUUUGCAAUCUUGCGGAGCGUUGCGGAAAGAGACGUGUCUUCUGUGUCUUGUCGAGAACUACAGGAUGUAAGCAUGGAGCUUGUAACAUUCCUGGACGCUGACAAAUGGCACAGUACAAGAGUCUUUUUCUUCUUUCAUUAUUGCAAUAAUAUGCGCCUUGCGACGGACGAGAAUUAUAAGCUUGCAACAGAAGAAGACAAACGAUUCUUGAGGGGGAUCGUCCGGUCUGCAGAUUCAGAACCUGCAUUCUUUGUGGCUCAUGCAUUGUAUCUCUUGGGAGCCAUUGAAGUUGAACAGGAGCGCAAUGUUGAUGGGAUGUGUCACUACACAAACCAUGCCAUUAUGACAUGUGAUGCUGCCAAGGAUGAGGAAAAGUUGCGAACACUGACCAUUCUUCCUCCAACUGCAGCCUUUCAAGAACCUCGAUACAAUGAAACGGUUGCCGAUCACCUCGUCGCACUGCGAGCGCUCUCGGUGUCUCUUCUCCAACGCGCUCGUAGCGACGACAUGAAACAAAAGCUUGUACAGUUGUAUUCUCUCGACCAAAAGGUGGCAUCGGCGGCAAUAGUUCCUGGGGACCAGUGUGACGGUUGUGGUGGCACGGAAGCAAAGCCCAUGAGAGUUUGUGAACGUUGUCUUCGCACUUACUAUUGCUCUCGUCAUUGUCAGAAAAUGCAUUGGAUCGAGCAUCAGAAGCUGUGCCGCCAACAGGGGGAAUUCCGGGUCGGCGAUCUGGCGAUAACGCGCCAACCCUUUGGGUCAUCGCGGUUCGGAGGUGUUUGUCACAUUGUCUCUCCUGUCCCAAACUGUGAGGGAGAAUGGGUUGUGUCCGACACGACCACAGAAAAUACAUGCAUCCUCUCUGCGGACAAACUGAGGGUGCACUCCUAUUUUGUUCGGGGCUUGACAGAAGAAAACGCGCUGGAAGAGUUGGAUUGAGCCAAGCACUGAGAAUCGAGGCUAUGACCCAUUGACACAUGUGUCUCUCUCAUGCACAAGACAAUCCACAAUCGCUUCCGUGGGGAUUGGAUCCGACACAAGACGUGGUGGAUUGGGCAGAUCAUACAAUACAAUUAGCAGGGUAGCUCAACUCUAGGCAGAGCUUGGACAGUCGCGACCUCCUCGCCGCACCUAGAUUACUUGUGCUCUUGGGAUUUGAAAACAUCAUAGUAAAAGAAUAC